AUGGCUCUGCAAAAGUGCUCUAGUCGCCAGGACUACCAGGAGACCUUUGAAAAAGUUGUAUUACCUUCAUCCAACAAACUGAUUGAGAUCAGUAAUGGUUCUGUACGCUUCACGGUAGAAUCUGAGAAUUUGAUUGCUUUGAAGGAGUUAUGGGAGAUUUACAAAGAUGGAACAUUGCAGAGUCGUCUUCAAGAAUUCCUAGUCACUUAUGAAAUUAAGGAGCUUGCGAAUGGAGAAGACAUUGAGGUGACAGUGUUCAUUGAUGAACACGAGUAUAACGAAGCCUAUUUCAAUUUGUUUUUACUUCAUCAAGGUAUGCUUGUAAUGAUAAAAGGUAGUCAUAUGCCAUGUAAAUAGUGGCUUGUAUUUGGAAAGCUUCCUUGCACAUGUCAAAAUGUAAAUGUAAUUUACAAGUGCAUUUCAAUUGGCCAGGUUAAUUUGGAUGGUUCUGGUACUACAGGCAAACUGAGUAAUACGUAAGAACCAAUCCGCAUACAGUCUUUCUUAUUGAAACAGUUAAAUCCAUAAUCAAAUUUCUGAAUUAGUUGUCGCUGGCCCAAAGAAGCACCUGAAUUAUUGAUCAGCUGAUUAGUGACCGUCAACAACAUAUGCAAAUGAAAUCUGAAAUUUCGGAACAGAGCAUGUUUCUUUUUUAAAUGAUCUGUGUGAUCGGUCAUCGCCAAAUUAUUGGAGGCAUUUGAAAUGUCGCAAUAACGUUACAGUUGACGUCUUAGGGUUCUCGAGCAGUCUGGUGGCGUCUUUCCCUCAUUUUUUUUGUAGCGCUUAUUUUCCAGCUUUUUCUCCAUCCCUCCCCUCCCUCCCCUCCCUCUAUUUUCCUGACACGUACAUAGCCAGAGUUUACAGAAGCCUGGAUUAAGGCCUCAUGGCUGGGUUGCUCAAGAACAUUAAUCGUAAUUUUAUACAUGGUUUAAAAUUUAGACAGCAUUUUACCAUCAACGAAUCUUUCUUGUAAAGGAUCAAUCAACUUCAAAUCAAAGUACAUUCUAAUUGUUCUUGUUGGUUAAUUCUUCCUUUAGCGCCAAAUGUUGAAGAGGAGGAACGGCCUGGACGAAGAACUCGAAGGAAUUCUGACUCUUUUCUUUGCGUCAAACCCAAUGAGAAUGAGAUAGGCUUGAUGAAGCUAAUGGAGGAAACAGAAGACAAAUGGGGGGAAGAGAAAAAAAUGCUUGAAUUAAGGAUCGUAGAGCUUGAGGAAACUUUGAAGGCGGAAAGGACGAGAGAUCUGGAUCGUAAGCAUUUAAGUACCUCGUUACACUUAAUUUAUUUUUGCAAAAUGUAUAGGGGAUCACUGGUAAAAUAGUGGGUAGCGUAAAUUUCUUGCAAACAUACAACUGUCGUAUUGCAUUAGAAAUACUUUUCAUGUCCUUCCCACGAAUUGGGUCAAUUGAUUCUUCCUGGGACAGAAAACCAGGUGAAACAUAGCGGAAGCAUCUAUUUAACCAAAUUCAAAUAAACGUUAACUUAAUCUGGGCCAUAGGUGAGUGAUACCGUUGUUACCGUAAGCAAGCGUGAUGUAGAACCAGCCUUAAGCAAACUGAAACAUUGUUUGCUGUGGUUAACUUGUAAGUGCUGUCGCUCUUUCUUAGGUCCAUGACUAGCAAGUGAUUUCAGCCUACUGUCAUGGUGUUCAGUUGAUCUUAGAAAAUAAGGAAGUCAUCAUACAUCACAGAACUUUCGUUUGAUAAAGUUUUAUAAAAAUAAUUACGAAGAGAAAAAACGUCAAAUGUCAUGCACAGUAGGAAUAGAUUCUGGAACUUGAACCAUUAUUAGAAAAUUAAAAUUAUGUUUUAUACCUGUCUUACCUCAGUCAGCUUACUUGCACUGCUUGUUUUGCGAAACGCCUUAUGCUAAUUCAUUCGGGUAACAAGAACAACAGCAAUAAAAAUCGCCAGCUUCAUCGUUUUUAGCGAAGGAGGGAACAAUGUGAGAAUUUUUGAACGCCUUUUGUUUUGAACAGUUUAUUUUGAACAAUCCGUUGUUAUUCGAAUGAACUGAAAGAUAUUUUUAUAGUUAUAUGUCAAAAUUCAUUUAACGUAACUGAGCACACACGAACCUUUAGUAUGGUUCGAUGUCAAAGUCUUACUGAAAUGUCACAUAUGUUCCAUGUUCCAGAAGGAUAAUAAUUAUGAUAAAUACAUCUAUCGACAUGGCAAGCCUGGUUAAACCAAAGAGAAACCCUCUUCCUUCACAAUCAUUUGCCACAAGCAAGUCACCAAAGUAUUAUUUUUGGAAAUAAGCAAAAUUAUAGAUAAAAAGGAGGUGAACUACUUAUUUUGAUAAACUUUUAAAUCGUUUCAUGAAAAGGUCUUUUAAGUGUAAUCACUACCAAUCGUACCCCUCAAUUUUGAGCUAUUUCACUUCACUGUUUUUUCUGUUUCAGAAUACGAGAUUCUCGAACGUCCACGCAAAAGAGGUCGAAGAAAUUCUGAUUCCAAUCUGUAUUACAAAGCAAGAGAAGAGGAGGUUGAACAAACUGAAAACCAACCAGAGCGAGCUUUAGAGGGUGGAGCACAAUUGGAUUUCGACAAGCGUAUGUUCGUAGAGAAUUAUUUACAGAAUAUCCAUGAAACACACAGCAUGACGACAGAGACAAGUGACAGCGGAAUAAGAACACUUGGUACAACAUCUGAGAUAGAAAUGCAAGACAUAACUGGUAAUUAUUUCAUUUUAGUCAUGGCAUGUCAGUCCCCAAAAUGUUUGGUAGAUAGCAGUGUGACAUUUCAGCAGGAUCGUAAAACACUGAGUUACUCCGCCAGCACAUGUAACCUACAAGGGAACUUUUCUGAGGUUAGAGGUGGAAAGAACUUCAGGUCUCUCGACAAGAUAUCUAGUUUACAAGAGAAUUGAAAUAAAUGAGCGCUUUAGGAAUUAACGAGAUUCUGGAUCGAGAUCGGGUGUUACUAAACCGCAGAUCAGCAGAACGCGGAACCCGCGGAACCCUAUAUUUUUUGUGAAAGAAUAGUAAUGAAAUGAAAUAUAAAACUAUAAGACCUUAACACUGUUUGAAAGUUCGCUUUUGGGUAUAAAGAUGUUUAGUUUGAAAGAAAAGCAUGUUUUAAAUGUCCUUGACGUCCAACUUUAACUGUGGUGACAUUCACCGUAAAAGAGUAUGUAAUGUUAUAAGGAGCAAUCAACAGUCACCCACCCCGAGUGUUAAUAAUUGAACCAUAAUUUGAAGGCUCUAACGGUUUGGGUACCGCGAUAUCCGAGUAGAGACUCAUCCGGAGGCUCUCAGCAAAGCUUUAAGAUGGAAUUAACGGCCUUAAAUUCGUUUCAUUGUACAUGACGCUGGAGUGAGGAACACGAACGUAAAGUGACAUCAUCGCCUGUGAUGCAUUGUUAUCGCGAAACUUAUUGUCAUAUUGUUUUCUAGGUGUAUUUUGUUUACGCGUUAAUUCCCUGCAAGUGUGUUUACGUUUCUUUAGUUGUAUCGUGUACUUGUGGUGGAUGUUUGUGACUUUUAUGAGAUCUUACGUAAUUAUGUCAAGUAAUUUGUCAGGUUUUGAGUAUAAACGUAGUCUUGUGGAUCAGUUUUUUGUCCACUUUUAAGAAGGAGCGUCGUCGUUUUUGCCUUUAAAGCUAUGCACCGCAUUAAGGUAAAUAUUUUUCUUUAUUGUGAGUUUAUUUGUAAGUUUUCGUUCUCUUGUAUGUAUUUUCUUACUUGUGUUUAGUACGGUAGGCGUUUGAUGUUUUUAAACAAAUGAUAAGCACGCAAUUACGCGUGACUUCGGUUGCAUGCCUUUAGAAUUUGGGGUGAUAAGGAUGUCCAGACUCACGAAUUUACAUCGUUUUGUUUCCAGUGGAUUCGUUUGAUUGGCGUUACUCACAGACAUAUCUUGGAAAGGGUUAUGAGGAGGGCCAAGCAGAUAAACUAAAGCAGAACUAAAUUUCCCCAAAUCAGCCCAAAAAAUUCACGCGCUGCAAAAGAACAACCACUUGAGUGGGAUAAAUUUAUCCUUAUUCAAAACUAGUCCAGAUAUUUUAAAGGUUGAGAGCGCGAAUGUUCAUUUCCAUGCAGAUGCUUGUAUUUCACCCAUUGCGCAACGUAAACAUAUUUGCAUAUUGAUAGAGGCUCACUGUGUGAGCUUAGGUUUCCUGUGGUUUGACGUCAAGGUAGUUAACAAAAAACCAUAUUUCUCCUUAACGUUAUCUUCUUUAUACCCGAAAACGAAAUUUCGAAUAGUGCUAAGGUAUUUUUAGCAUUUAUUUCCUUUCAUUAUUACUUUACAAAAACUAAUGAUUCCGCUGGUUCUGGAGGUCCGGGAGGUUCCGCGGUCUGUUGAUCUACAAUUUAAUAACACCCAUCGAGAUCUUGCUUAAUGAUUUUAAAGUACAAAACUGAUAUCAAUUGAGCACCAACACCUCUAUUUCAACAAAACCAAAAGUGGAAGAGAAUUGCAUCCAUCAAUUUGUGUUGAGCUUUCAUUUAGUUGCUCUUUGCCAUGUUCGAUUUCGCGUAGGAGUGAACGGUGCUACCCUCAUAAAAAAAUUAUGAUAAUGAUAAUAAUAAGAGUUUCCCCCCUUUUGUUUUGAAUUCUUCGUAUGUUGGUAUUGUUUAUCUUUUGUCAGGCGGCGACCACAAUCUUUGCUGGAAAGAUCUCAGCAAGGGAGUAAUUAGCGAACUGGACACAAGACUGAACGGCGAUCAAACUGCAUUUAAACAAAUAUGCCAGUCAUUUGGAAUGGAUAGUUCUCUGUUCUUCGCUCGGGCAAGUGUAUUUAGUAAAAUUCUCGGUAUGUUUCCGGACACACCUGUUAAGCUUUUAAAAGAAGUCUUUGAAGCUUUACAGUUAUAUGACCUGAUUGAUUUGCUUGAGGAAGGAAAACCACGAGCCACAAGAUCGUUGCGACCCGCUCUUCGUUUACAGGAAAUAGAGAAAUUAAGGAAUCCUGAUGAUCUUCCCAUAUCUUAUCACAGCAGUGCAGCUGUUCUGAUUAUUGACAGUAUGGAGACUUGCGACACUGAGGGGAUUGAGAAGUUUUUUAAAGAUUUUAACUCUAAGAGCGAGGUAACUGUGGUGCGCUGUAGAAACUUAUUUGAACUUAUCAGACAGAGAGAGAGGGAACAUUUCUUUCAACCUUUUCCAGUGCUGCCGAGUAAAGACGUAGAGAGAGAGAUAAACAAACUGGGAUCAACUUCUUCAGAAGUCAUACAGAGUUGGAAAUCCAAUGAAGGUUGGUGAAAAUGUAUAAACGGAAAUUAACAUGAAAAAGACACAGUCGUGGUGGUAUGUCUGCACACCACGAAACUGACACCAAUUUAAUAGUUAAGCUAAAGCUAGACCUGCGUGGCCUUCAUUACGGGUUUAUGGUAGGUGCAUAACUUAUUGGUGAUUUACAACACUUGAGGGCAUAAACACAAACUUUGUGUUUAUGCCUUCCUCUACGAGAACGGUAUUAUGGUUGGACUUUGCACAAUGAGAUCCUCGCCCAUAAGUUAACAAGUUUCUUUGAGGAUUGAAGACUUAACACUGGUCUAAGAAUCGAUAAAAAUCACCAGGAACAAGGGAAUAUUUACCAGGAGAACAGAAGUCCUUUUAACGUAUUCAGGCAAGGAGAGCUAAGCGCGAGACAAGCACGAAAUGAAAGACACGCGCGUGCUCCUCCUUUCGCGUGCGACUCACUUACCCUUCGCGCUCUCCUCGCCUUCAUCUUGUGUUUAUCUCCGCCCGCUGAAAAAAAUAUCUCAGAAUAACGCCUGCUCUUCAGGCGAGGGAACAAUUAUUUUCCUAAUUCAUGUCGCUCGUGAUUGAAAACAAAUCUGUGCUUGAUUCUGUUUAAUUUAAUGGCAUUGCCCUCAGUUAAAAUGAGUCAAGGGGUCUUUUUUUCGGGGAAGCGGCCAUGAUAGAUACUGAGAAAUAAUUCCCAUUAACAUAGAUCAGCUUGUGGUCUUAUAUUUGUUACUAAAUCUUUAAUAGUAAACUGUAAUUCUUGGUUGUAGUUUUACAUUUUGCGUUCAUUUUUCAAUUUAUCCUCAGAUAAAUUUUCGUUAUUUGCUGUAAUUUUCAACCUCCAUCGGAGCCUUGAUCCGUACCAGCUAGCAGAGAUGGUAGUUUUCCCUGUAAAGGAGAGGUUGGUCACCUUAUUUCCCACAAAAGUGAAAUUGAUUAUCCGACCUUUUUAUGAGGAGCCAAGAACAGGGUUGCACGAAAACCUAGUUGACGUGUGUACUAGGUGUGAAGAUGGUGGUUUCCUAACUUCGAUGCUGGAGAUUUUUACCAGACGCUGGCAAACGAUGGACCUUAUAUCAAUGAUGAGAGAAUUAAAGAGGUCUUUAAGAAAAAAGAAAAGUAAACAUAUAAAAGGACGGAGACACAGACUUUAUGGAAGAGAAGACAUCACGGUAAUAGCUCGGAUUGAGGAAAAUUUGUCGUGUAUUGUAAGACUCAAAAUGCAUGAAGAGCCGACUUAUUAGUAAUAGUAUUAGGCUUCUUUUCAGUUUGAUCGGAUUUUUAGUUCGAUCGUCUCUAAUUAUGACGGCAUUUUGUCGAGGAGGCAGCUAUGCUAAAUACUGAGAAAUAAUUCCAACUAACGUAGAUCAUCUGAGGAUGCUACUACUAUGUUUAUCAUUGUGUUGGUUUGGCUGGUACUAACGUUUACUUGAUGAGGAAGCUGACACUUUGUAUUUUUUGUAAAAUUUGCUAUCGGAGAACUUUCCUUUUUUUACUGAAUUUUUUCAUCUGCGAUUGGCCCUUUUCUUUCACGACCGAUUGAAAUCAGUUUUUGACGAUCAAAUUCAGAGGUUGGUUUCUGCAAUCCCCGCAAAGGUGAAAUUUGUCAUCAGUCCGUUCCGUGAAGGGACUGUUGAGGUGUUUACUGAUUUAAGUGGUCUGGCUUUGGUGACCUCGAUGCUGGUUCAAUUUUAGAGAGAACCCACUUAGUAAGCCGUAAGUGUGGACCAGAAGGGUGAUGGGUAUUUUUUAUCUUUUUUGUGGAAAAGAGGUUCUAGCUUGGUUGUCUUUCCAUACGAAGGUAACCUUGAUCGGCAGAUGUUAGUUUUCAUUCAUGGCGUUUGCCUCGACCGUAAACCUCAUGCCAAACCUUGCAGACUUUUCAACAAUUACAUUAAGAUUGUGGUAUAAGUAUAGCAAAUCGCACGUACUCGAGUGUAUAUCGUGACAAAUAGUCACGAAUGACUAUGUAAAAGUUUUCGUUAUUACUCGAAUUUUUGAAGACGGUAAUUUAAGAUUUCUUUUUACGAGUUAUACAUUUACCUUUUAGUGGAUAAGCAUUCUUUUUUGCAAACCAUUUAAUUUACUUUCAUUCAGUUCUGUCUAGGUUCGGUUCGGUGCAGUGUAGCUCGAAAGUAAGGCAGCAUCAUGACACGUGAACCAUUGUGGACCACUGCGUAUUGUUAUGGUGGAACGUUUUGCCGUAUGGCUAGAAAUCGAGGUCAGUCAGCGGCUGAUGUCGCGGACGCAACACGAGCUGCGUUUCACCUUACAGCACAGGCUAAAGAGGGACUUUCAAUCCCCAACUUCCAUUUUAAAAAUGAAUCAAAUGGAGGUGUAUCAGACAUUUUGCAGCGCAGAUAACUUCUUUAUUAUUUUCUUUCCGAGAUAUUGCUUGAGAAGCUGUUAAAAUCUUGUCCAAGUAAGAAGCUUACUAUUUUGUUUUUCAAGUCAAAUUAUUUUCGCGCCAAUGCUGCAAUCUAUUCAAUCUUUGAGCCUUCAGUAGCUACCCUGUAGCGGUAUUGUCCAUAACAGGCUAGGUUACUAUGUUUUUACAAAAUGGCGAUCGAAGAGUUCUUAGAUAUGUUUUCAGAUCUUAUAAUUUUAGUUUUUGAGUCAACGUCUCUACUGGGAACAAUACCCAUAAGAAAAAAUUUUUUUUAGACUUUUGGAAGUCGUUUGGCAGCGUGGAUUCACACUUUUAUGACUUCAAAUAGCCUUCAAUUAGAAGGUCGGCUUUCGAAGAGAUCGAACAGACGUGGGCAAUUGAUAAAACAACCCUUGUUGUGGCUGCAGGAGAAGCUUCAGCUGACCAACAUAAGCCAUUUUAAGACACUUAGGGCACCAAAAAGGUUUAAAGUUUCUUCGACUGGGACAGAUCGUAACGAAAUCGUAAGAGUUUGAGAACGGAGGUGAGUGAUCUGGACACUCUUCUAAUACAUUUCAGACGAAGGCAUUUUUAGUACACGCUUCCAGAAAAUUACUGUGUCUGAUUUUCAAAAUUUUCCCACAGAAAGUCUUAUGCAGCCGCCAUAUUUAAACUCUGUAAUUUGUCUUUUAUGCGCAUGCUUAGCCGCCAUGAUGUCUUCGAUUUCUAGCCAUGUUUAGCUUUCUAUGACAAGAACAAUUACAGACACUUUGGGAGCAAAAUUUUGCUUUUGAAUUUUUCAUUUUUUUCUUCAAAAUGCUCGACAGAGUAAUUAUAGAGAUGGGCUGUGAACAUACUCGAGUCCGAAGGGGAACAAACGAGCAACUUACAUUCAGUCGCGUCGUUUAUGCGAAAUAUGGUUUGUGAAAUUUAAUACAACCUGUGUUUUUUUCUUUGGAAUGCAACACGUGCUUAAAUGAAAUAAGUGUGUCCAGUUCACGGUAUUCAUGAUUACUUAAGUGCACGCUUAACCUUUGUUUAAUUUUCUACAACUCCUUAAUGGCAGCC